ACAUUUGACUUUAUUUACAGUUGGUUUGACAUCUAAACAACAAAACACAUUUGCCGCACUUGACGAACACGUGUGACCGAAGAAGUAUUUUGAAAAUAGUCAUCAAAUUGUGGGAAAAUCCACGAAUCUUCUAGUUCAAGUGUGAUUUGGAAUGUACAGCAAUGAAUACAGAAAAAGAGCUUCGUAAGUGGUUGAAUCGCUCCGAAUUGAGUUUUGUUGACAACUUAAACUUCGGUAUCAAAGUGUGGAAUUCAAUUGAGUUUGUACUGUUGACCAAACAGGAAAUUGUCGUUGAUGAAUUUUGUAAUAAUUUGCCAAAUUUACGUGAGGAGAUAAACAAAUCGUCCGAUCCAAAGUACGGCGAUCAGGCAUGGGAGAGAAUCAACGAGUUUUUGGGCUUUCGAUAUUCAUCCGGAGCGGUUAGUGUGGCUGUCAAAGACAAACUCAUCAAAACUUUGUCUCAAGAGGCUAAAAUAAGUAUUGAAGAGUCGCGAGCAUCGCAUUUGAUCCUAAAUGCUUUGCUCAUCACCCUGCAGAACACUUCAAUUCAAAAUUACUACAAAAGUAAUGCCGUGGAAUUUGCCCGGUUCUUGGGAUUGAAUAUUCGUUAUCUGAGUGUUUUGCUGGAGUCAGAAAAUUUGACAAGUGGCCAGUCGAAACAGUAUAAGGAACAUAUCAAUCAACUACUAGCUUCGCUAAAGUCGUUCAUCAAGCAAACACCAUUCCUGGAUGAUUUCAAAUCAGCUUUUGCCACAGAAAUCCUAACGUCAAUAUGUGAGCUCAUCACUUUGUCCCAACACCGCAAAAUUACCGACAAACAAGAAGUGCUGAGCAUUUUGCAGGAGCUAUACUUUGAUGGCAACCAAACAAAACAACUGAAGCAGUAUUUGGGUGGGGCCAAAUCAAAAUUCGUCACAUUUCACGAGUUAUUCGAAAAGCCGAUGCAUGUCUUCCUGACGGUUGUCGAAGCGCUGGUUUGGUCAUUCAGGAAUGAUGAUGAAGUGCAACAGGCAUUUUUAAAGUAUUUAUUCAAUGAAACCGACGGAAAACUGCGAGUUCAAAGCCACGAACCGAUCCAAACUCAGUUGAACGGUUUGUCCGUUUUUAUCUUCCUUCUAAAGAAAUACGAUGUGCCACUGAAUUUCCAAAUCGAUUCGAAUAAGGCUGUCGUUUACUUGGGCAAGCAAAUCGAACAUUUCGUUCAUUCCUAUCACACGACCCAUGUAUAUGAGGUGUUGAACACGCUGUGCGCCAUAUUGAAAUUGAAUCCAUUGAUUUUGGAAAAUUCUGUAUGUCAAAUUGCCGUCAAAUUCAUGCUUCUGCCGAAGAAGAGCGAAGCCAUUUGGAACAAAUACGAAGAGUUUAUGUUUUUGUUGGUUGAAAUGUACCGGAGAUUGAGCAGAGCCGAAAAGUUUAUAUCGCAUUUGAUAAGAAAUCUGUAUGAGACACUGGCAACGGUCAAAUUGUCGAAAAAAUUGAAACGUUCGUUCAAUAGCAGUUUUGUUGAAGGAUCAACGCCGUCGAAAAAGUUGAAGAACGCAGCCGAAGAGGAGGUUUCAAUGGAUGUGAGUUUGGCUGAACCAAGUGCGCCUGAAAAUCGAUUUGUAACCCUGUUCGAAGAGAAUAUCUUGAGCGAAUGCACCAAUUUAGCCACGAAAUCCGAUUGGAAGCGACAAAUUCGCAACAAUCAAAUUUGGAGUGAUAUUGCAUUUGCCUUCACACCGGCCAUCAGUGGCACUUAUACUCGAUUCAUCUCGGGAUUGGUGUCAAAGCCAUCUCUCGUCGUAUGGAAGACACUCAUGUUCACAUUGAAGGAUUACGUACACCAAUUGAAAGAAUCCGAAGGUAAAUGCAGUGAGAAUUGUGUAUUUCUGAUUGAAAUCACAUCGGCGCUACUCAGUCAAUACUUCUUGGGUUCACGAUUAGCCGAACAGUCCGAUAAAUCGUGGGAUGCCAUUGAGACAAAUCGAAAUGCCACACGAGAAAUUCUCAGCGAAUUUGGACACGCCAUCCUCAAUCAAGAACACAAUUAUCGAACUAUGAACGCAUUUUUGAAGCUAUGCUACAACGCAUCAAACUUUGACUUGCUUUGCUGGUACUAUCGUCCCGAUUCACUGCGAGUCGCUACUGACGACGACACCACGUUCAAUGUGGAAAAAUCGGCCAAAAAACUGCAUUCAUAUCUCACGGACAAAGAGUGGAUAACGAUUGAACAGCGCAUUACGAAUUUUGGCAAACGCGAAUGCAAGGCCAACAUCAACAAAAUCUACUUGCAACGCUUGAAAACGAGCCAGUUAUUCGAGUAUGAAAAGGCUGAUGGUGAAGAUGUGUCCAAGUAUGUUUUGUCCACUGCUUUCAAAGACAUCGAACAAAUUGUUGAUAUUCUGAAUGACCCAAGUCUUUGUGCGUGGUUCAUUGGCAAUUUGAAUGUCAAACAAAAACAAACCGUUUGCGAACUGUUGCUACAGUCAACAAGUGAAUUUGUUACCUUGAACCGACUAUGCACCACAAACGAUUGGCAAUUCAUCGAAACAUUAACCGUGGCUACGUAUAAAAAACUUAUCGAAAUUUUAGCCGCUGGCAAACAUUCCGAAUAUUUAUCGGAGAUCAAUUUUGAUGCGAUUUUUCAACGUAAAUUUCAAAUAGCAUCGAAAGAGGUUGGCUCAUUGGUGGAAAAACAAUGCAGCAGUGAAACGAAAUGUGCGGAUAAGAAGCAUAUUCAGAAGAAACGGGAACAUAUUUCCGAUUUGAUGGGGCUAUUGAAUAAUUUGCCGGUUGGUUUCGGCAAACCCGAUGCCAAAAACAUCAUUUCCUUGUUGAAUAUUGUUGUUUAUCGUUACUUUGCCAUAGGCGGUGAUGCAGAAUUAGCGAAGGCGUCCGUAAACGUGUUUAAAGCUCUUCUUCACUUUGGUGAUUCGCCAAAUGUGUUCACCAAUCUCAAAGUCAAUACGCUAAUCACGUUGUUCAAAGAAGAAGCCAGCGCUCAAUCGAUAUUUGCUUUGAUAUUCGAAAGAACAUGUCGCGACCUAAAUGUUACAAAUGAAAAAGUUCUUGAUGAAUUAUACGAACUUUUGCGUCAAUUCGAGACAAACGACCGAAAUGAACAGAGAAUUCUACUCGAGAUAGCCGUAUUGGUCGUGGGUGAUUUGUCAAGGGACAAGAAAAAUCGCAUUCAAUGCGACCGAUUUCGUGAAAUAUUGUUUGAAAUCAUAAAAAAUGUGGCCAAAGACGUGAACAAUGGAGAAUGGUUGAUUGGAGCGACAUUGCCAGCCUUUGUGAUUAUAGUGAAAUCAUACAUCGCUGCAAAUAAAACCAAUCCCACGCAAGAGGUCGAUGGUGACGAGCAAACAAUACAGCUCAUCAACUUGUUCCUUAAGAAUUCGAUCGACUGUAAAAAUCAGCACUCAGUGAAAUUGUUGAAUACAGCAUUGGAGAACAAAGCCUAUCUACGGCUGACAGACGAUGAGAUAAAGGGAUUAGUAGCCAAAUACUGGAUUGAUUUCAAGAUUGCGUGCGCUAGUACGCACGAUGAUACCGUUAACAAAACAUUGAAUAACGCUCUCAAGCUAAUUUGCGAUCAGGCAACGGUCGAUGAAUGGAUUUCUCUAUUGACUGAAGUCGAAAAGGAAAUCGAAGCAUCCAUUUUUACGGACAAGUCAAAGCAACAAAGCAAAAUAUUGGCGUCAAUGGCAAAAUGCCAAUACAAUAAAAGUAAAGGUCAAAUUUUCACUGGUUUCUUCAAAAAUGUCACACGUCAAGUCAAUUUGACGAUUCGUGCCAAAACCACGGAUUUGACGCAAAACUUCGACUGGAUACUGAAUUUGCUGGAGUGCUACACCAUUCUGACCAAUAAUAUGCAGACACCAGUCUCUGUUGAGCUAAUUGAUGACAUCUUGGCAUUUUUGGCCGAAAUAAAUGUGAAAAAAAUCGACGCAGAGCAAUUUGAUUCGGACCGAUUCAAAAAUCUAUUGGAACAGAUGUGUGCAUUAGUUUUGGGAUUGAUUCAGCAUCGUUCUGUGUUCAUUUUGGAUCGAGUGCCGCACUUUGUCAAUGUGUUUAAGGAUCUGCUGCAAACAAUUUGCUGGUAUAAAUCGAAUCGAAGCCAACAGACACAAUUGGAGCAAGCCGAAAUCACAAUGCUCGCUGAAAUGGCACACAACCUCGAAAAAACAAACAAAGCAUUCGUAAAACACUCCACGGAAGUGAAGCGUGUCGCACCAUAUUUACUCCUAUUUGCCAUCAGUCUAAUGAUAACAAAAGAUCGACCGACGACACUUUAUUCGAAAAUCAAAACACACAUCGAGUACAUUUGUUACGACCUAAUUGCCGUGUGCGAUCACCGUGUCGAAGGGUUCAUUCUACGUAGCUGCAACGAAGCGUCCAAAAAUAUUUACGAGAAUUUGCAUCGUGACUAUGAAAAAUACUUUAAAUUUAAGGGCAAAGUUUAAAUUGAUUAAAGAUUGAAUGAAAAACGCGAGUUUUCUUGAAGAAAAUAUUAGAAAAAGGACUUUUCGAGAAGUGAAUUUGCAUAAAGAGUUUUCGGAAAAAAAAUUUGAAUGGGAUUUUUAAAAAAUGUGAUUUUAAUGGAAAAAAAAUACGCAUUUUGUCCUUUUCAACCAAACCAUUUUACUUUCGUAAAAUUCUUUUUUAUUGAAAUAAAACAGAAAAAUGUAAAAAAAAA